AAAGAAAUUAUUACUUCAACCUUAAGAAAAACAAAAUGACGAGUACGAAACAUUUGUUGUUGGUGCUGUGUCUUGGAAUCUGUGUGGGAAUGUGCAGAUCAUCGGUGGAGGAUGUUGCUGAAGAGAACACGGAGUCUCUCUCUGAUUCGGCUUCAAGGGAAGCAAUUGGAAGUGAUGAUAUCAUCAGAAUGCCAAUUGAUAAAAUGCAAGAUACCUACGAGAAUGCUAAGCAAAAACUAAAAGUUUCGGAUAAGGCUUCAAAUGUAGCUCACAAUGAAGCAAAAGGUGGAAUGGAUUGUGGUGGAAAUCAUAACUAUGCCUUUGGUGUCUACGAUGAAGCAAAAGAUAAAGUCAGUGAAGCUUACAUGUAUGCAAAGAAUUCUAUGACUGAAGAGGCCAAAAUUAAAUAUGAAGCUGCAAAAGAAAAAGCUUCAGAAGCCACAGGAAAUCUUGGAGCUAAGAUGAGGAAUACCCCAUAACUCUAACAGAACCUCAUUAGUAUAACUUUCUCUUAGCUUUCAACAUACAUGUAUGUAGUUGCAUGUUGUAUAGUUAUUGUCACAUUAUGGGACCCUUUUCUUAACA